AUGGUCAACAGACGGGCUGCUACUGUCUGCUCGUAACCACAGACUUAAUCUGGACCUGGAUGCGUGCUGGAGGAACCUGUUCGCAAUAACAGAGGAUAAAACACUCACGCGUACAUCUCCAGCGGUCAGGUCAACGGAUAGAGAUGCUGUCGUCUUCGCUUAGCACGUUUCACCUGGGCGACCGAAGAGUUUGGUCGAUGUGACAUUCCUUGAGCUUUUUGUUCUGGUCCCGGACGCAGAGCAGCGCUCGCGCUUUGAGAAGAUGAUGCUGAGUCGGCUGAUGAGUGGCAGCGUCAGAAACCUGGAGCGAGAAUACAUGUGUACGGUCAGGCUGCUGGAUGAUACCGAGUAUACCUGCUCCAUUCAGAGGGAUGCCAAAGGCCAGUAUUUGUUCGACCUCAUUUGCCACCAUCUAAACCUACUGGAGAAAGACUAUUUUGGCAUUAGAUAUGUCGAUCCAGAUAAGCAACGGCACUGGCUGGAGUUUACCAAGUCAAUUUCUAAGCAGAUGAAAUCACAACCUCCAUUCAUCAUGUGCUUGCGGGUAAAGUUCUACCCACCAGAUCCUGCUGCUCUAAAGGAGGAGAUCACCAGAUAUCUCGUCUUCCUACAGAUCAAAAGAGAUCUGUACCACGGUCGUCUCCUCUGUAAAACAUCGGAUGCGGCCAUGUUGGCAGCUUACAUCUUGCAAGCUGAGAUUGGAGACUAUGACCCAGGAAAGCAUCCAGAGGGCUACAGCUCCAAGUUUCAGUUCUUCCCCAAGCACUCAGAGAAGCUGGAAAGAAGGAUUGCAGAGAUUCACAAGGCGGAGUUAAUAGGUCAAACUCCAGAAACAGCUGAGCUGAAGUUCCUGCAGAAAGCACAAAUGCUUGAAACAUAUGGUGUGGAUCCUCAUCCGUGCAAGGAUGUAUCUGGUAACCCGGCUUUCCUCGCCUUCACUCCGUUCGGUUUUGUCGUGCUUCAGGGGAACAAGAGAGUCCAUUUCCUCAAGUGGAACGAGGUGACCAAACUGAAGUUUGAAGGAAAGACAUUCCAUAUAUAUGCAAAUCAGAAUGAGGACAAAAAGAUCAUCUUGACAUACUUCGCACCAACUCCAGAGGCCUGCAAGCACCUUUGGAAAUGCGGUGUUGAAAAUCAAGCCUUCUACAAGUUGGAGAAGUCUAGCCAGGUUCGUACGGUGUCCAGCAGUAACCUGUUCUUCAAGGGGAGUCGUUUUCGCUACAGUGGAAGAGUAGCCAAAGAGGUAAUGGAACAGAGUGCAAAAAUUAAACGGGAACCUCCAGAAAUACACAGGGCUGGCUUGGUGCCCAGCAGAAGCUGUCCAUCCAUCACGCAUGGGCCGCGGCUGAGCAGUGUCCCACGGACCCGCCGGAGAGCCGUACACAUAUCCAUCAUGGAAGGUCUGGAAUCCUUGCGGGACAGUGCCCACUCCACUCCAGUGCGCUCCAUGUCCCAUGGCGACUCCUUCAUCCCACGUUCACGGAGCCAGGCAAUGGACUCGGGCGAUGGGACAGCACUCAUCUCUGAUGAGACCUACAGUCCCUCUGACAGUGUGCUGCCCACACCGGUGGCCGAGCACAGCCUGGAGCUGGCAGUCUCACGACAGAUCAACGGUGCCACCCGCAGCAUCGAGGAGGAGAAAGAGUCAGAGGCGGGAACGCCCGCCGUGGGCGACAUGACCGAGUUAGGGAUGGACAGCAUUGUCAAAAGCAUAGGCAGGGAGGCCGCGCUCAGUGAGACGGAACAGGUGAAUAAGUUUGUUUUAAGUGUACUCCGUCUGCUCCUUGUGACCAUUGGACUCCUUUUUGUCUUGCUCCUCCUCCUCAUCAUCCUCACUGAGUCCGACCUUGACAUUGCAUUUUUACGUGAUAUCCGCCAGACCCCUGAGUUUGAGCAGUUCCAUUAUGAAUACUUUUGUCCCCUCAGACGGUGGUUUGCCUGCAAGCUCCGCUGGGUGGGUGGGCUGCUCAUUAACAAGUGAAAAUGAGGCACUAAAGCUCAUAAAGCCUCCCUUUUUGGGGUUGAGAAGACGCUAAACACGUGGCGAGAGAGAGAGAGAGACGGAGGGCAUCGACCUGUCCCAUGAACCCAGCUUCUUUCAUGACACUCCUGCAGACACAAGGGGGACCACCAGGCCCACAGCUCCUCCUCUUCCACUUUUAGUUCUUUCGCCCCCAUCCAUUGUUACACCUUUAUUUCUGUCUUUUUUUUUUUUUUUUUUUUUUUUUUACAAAGACAAUUUAUUUAUUAAUUUAUUGGUUUCAUUAUUUUGGAUUUAAGGUCAUUUCAGGUAUUUUAUUUUUAUACUACAAAAAAAUAAAAAAUAAUAAAAAAAAGGAAUAUGAAAUAUUUUGCUGCAACAAGAGAAUGUUGCCUUCAUUUAUAUUUAUUUUAAAAUAAUGAUUAUUAAAGUCUUAUUAAAGAAUGUUGUGCAUUAGGUCAAGUUGGUAUGUUAUAGUGGGUUUGAAAAGAACAAGAAAGUUGAAAACCAAUGCUUUUCUGAGUUUAUGCAUAAUUCAUAUCCAUUCGUCAUUUAACUCUGAGUAAAUUCUGAAGGCUGCUAUAAUUUACCACAUCAACGAUCAGAUCAGCAGAGGGUUAUAUGUAAGGCAAGAAUGUGCAAGUUAUUUUGGAAACGAAAGCUGAGGAAAGACUGGAAGUGAUGUCAUUUGAAUAAAAACUGAUGGGUACAUUUGAUUUCUGUAUUUGGUGGCUUGAGCUUUAGGGUGUCAAAUACGUUUUAGAAAUAUAAUUGUGUUUAGGCGGUAGCAAGAAUUAACUGGUAUAAAUUGUGUUAUGUCAUGUGACCCAGUAGUGUCAGUAUCUGUUAAAGUUAUUAAGAAUGAUUUAAAAGAAACUAGCACCCAUAGAUCCAGUCUAGUUGCAGUAGAUGUGCAAAAUUGAAAGGGUUUGGUUUUUAAGAACUAAGUACAUCAGUUUUUUUUAUUCAGGAGUAUGUUUAUUUGCUUUAUCAUUAUGAUUAUUUUUUAAUUUUCCAUUCUGAAUCUUUCUCUAUAGAAAUAAACCCCACUAUAUUUUUUUUUAUUCCAUAUCAAUUUUGCUCUUAAGUUGGUAAUAUAUUUGGUUUUGGGGAUAUCAUGCUAUUAUUAUUCUUAAUUACAUCAACAAUGCUGUACUUUUUGUAAAAAAAAAAAAAAAAGUAGUUAGUUUCCUAAUAUAUCGACAGUUUUUCCAUGUAUAUUUUAACAAAAACUGAAAAGUUAUUUUGUUAAUGAAAAUGAAAUGGUAACUUUUUUAGCUCUGUGUUCCAGAUGAGGCCUAGAAUUUACUGCGUUUCUGUCGAGGGCGGCACGGAAAUGAUUUUAAUCGGUAAUGAGAAAACCAUCCCUAUGCUUUGAAGAAGACAAAGUUUGGUAACAGAACAGCAUUUGAACAGUAGCCUACUGAUGACUUUGCACACAGUUUAGCAAAAAGACUGUGUGUGUGUGUGUGUAUGCUUAUAUUUUAACUGAUGUUUUCGGCAAUAUGUACUAAAAGGCCAGGUUUAGUCUUUAGUACACUGUGUCCUGAUUGGUCUAUAGCAGUGGUUCCCAAACUUUUUGCAGCAUGCACCCUUUUCUAGUGUUUGACACCUGUCAAGCACCCCCCAACACCUUACUCUGGUUAAACUUCACAUUUUUAAUUGCAAUAACUAAAUACAAAUAUUCACUGUAGAUUAGAAAACAAAACAAAAAAUCUGUUAUAAGUACAAAAGAUUACUUUCCUUUUUUAGUGAGAUUGAUGGCCCUGCAUUUUCUUUCUUUUUCCUGCCAUUACAAACAUUCUCUCACGCACCCCCAGUUUGGGAAUCACUGGUCUUUAUUAUUCAUUUGAAGACUGACAAUUCUUUCAGGGGCAUGCCAGUUGGACAGGGGUUUUAAUUUUACCAUAAAUUAUCUAUUUUAUGCCUGUCCCUUUGAAACUGCUAUUGAUAUAAUUGUUAUUGUAUACGAGAAAGUGAAAAAGAGGGGAAGCAAAUGCAACAUGCAGAAGCAGCUGACUUAUUUUUGUGUGCAGUGAAACAGAGACCAGAAUAUAGAGACAAGUAACAGCCAGUAAUAAUUACCAUAGUAAGGGAGAUGUUUUUGAUCUUACAUUGGUAUUCAUGCUACAAUAAAUUACAUUAAUUGCAGCUUUUAAAUAUAGCAUUAGUUUGUGGCAGCUCACGGGCUUAGCUUUACUAGUAGUUAUUUUAAAUGAACAUGCUUCAAUCCUCUGAUCACAAUCUGCUAUUGUGUAUGAGGCCAGAAUCACUAUGGUGCUAGUGAACCAAUUGUCACGACAGCUGAGAUGUGUUUUAGGAAGCGGUUGACUGUAACAGUAAUGUGUUUGUCAAGAAUUGUGGAGUUGGGUCAAAUGCUUUUAUAAUCAUUUCGUAGAACCGCUGUCUUCCAACGACUACAGGAGCUAAAAACCGGCAUUAGCUAUGACAGACAAACAUGUGAUGCAUGGAUAACCGUAGCAGAAACGGUUAAGAACCACUAAUACAUGGAAAAGAGAGAGUGCCAUUGGCAUUACGCAUGUUUUGUACCUUGACAAGUGUUAAUGCAUGCAUCUCUGAUGAGCCAAAUUACAACAGCGUUGUGGUGGCAUAAGUCCAUUCAUAUUUUUGUAGAACCGGAUCAAGAAAUUGUUGUACAAAAAAGUGUUGUUCUGAAGUGUAGGCUACUUGCUUGCUAUUGAUGAUGAGUUAGGAUUCAGAGGAUCAAUAAAUGGAUUUUGAGAAGAGAAUGAAAAAAGUGCUUGUAAGACGAGUAAAGGUUUUGAAAAAUAACAGAAUUGAAGUGGAUCAAAAUUUACUCGGCAUUAUGUAGCCUCAGUGAUCAGUCCUGCAUGGCAGCGCCAUUCAAUAAGCAAUAACCUGAAUAUAGAAUCAUGCGGAUGAAUCAUAUUUUAUGGUUUUUGUGCCAGUGUAGCAAGUCAGACUACCUGAUGUUUUCUAAGGAGUUUGGAACGAAUCCAUUUCCUUUUAAGUUGGAUGCAAGACUGCAUUUUAACUAAAAGGAUAAUUUUUAUAUGAUGAUUUUGCCAAAAUUUGCUACAUUUUAUACUCGUAAGCACUCGUCAUUUGUUUGGAUUCUUAACUGUCAGUGUCCUGCUGUUCUGAAGUUUUAUGCUUCUCUUCAUCCUUGAAAUCCUACUGCACACAUUUCAACUAGUAGAUCAAGGGCAAUCGCUACUACUGUCCUUGUGAGCUUCUACUUCAUUCUUUUGUCUCUAGACAGUUUACUUGCACUGUACGGAAUGGCCAGGUCUGACUGUGAUGAAUGCAAGGGUCCUGUAAAGGACAGUUGUCAGCUAAAUUGGCUUAUUUCUGUGAUCAACUACCUGGGUUAUUUCACAAGGUCUCUCGGUGAACUUUGUACAGAAAUAUUUUUAUGCUUCUUAGUAUGCAAGUGCAAGUAUAAAUGGAAGUUGAACAUUUGCCAUGACACUUAUAAAAAGUAGACUUUCAGGAGUAUUACUGUACGCUGCAGAUAAACUGGCUUCAUAUAUACCUUUACAGCAUGAACAAAAUGUUACAGCUUCAAGCAAACCUAUUAAAGGUGGAGAUUUUAAUGUUCAAGAUCUGGUGUCGUUGGCUACAACGGUUAGAUGCUGGUUUAGUUACAGAAAUCAUAUUAAGUGGCUGCUGAUCUUUAAGAUCUUAAGAGAUUUGGACCACAUUCAAAGUAAGAUCAAUAUGUUCUCCAUGUUCAUAAAAGGAAUCUUAAUGGUAAUUAAAUAAACCACUUGCAUUAGACAGCAGCUGGGAUGUUUCAGAUUGACUCUGGUUCUGAUAAAUAUUCUACCAAGGACUUUAAAUUUAAUCAUCAUUAGAAUGAACUGCUCCUUACAUGCUUGCAUACAAAUUAUUGGGUAAAAUCUGACUUCACCUGAACCGUAGCUUUAAGAUUCACUAUGGCACUUAGAUCCUGUAAAGAUCGGUGGUGGCAACAUGCUUCAUUUACUGUACUGUGCUUUUGUCACUUUGCCAGCCUCAAUGGAUAUGCAUACACGUGCACAUUUGUUGAUGCAUAGAUGUCUCUCUGUGGGCGUGUUUUUCUCUUAUCUGUAUCUUUUCUAUUUGGGACUGAAGGUUGCAGUUUAGUUCCUUAUUAUAUGAAUAUUGAACUAUAUACAAAAGUGAUGUGCCAAAUGCAGUUCCUGUUAAGUCAGAUUCAUUCCAAAAUCAUCUUUGUACUGUAGGAAACCUUCCAUGAAAAUGGUAUAAAGAAAUUGUUCACUGAUAGUCUCUUGUAACCGGUGCCAUGGAAAUAUUCAAACUUGAAAUAAACAUUCAAAAGAG